AGUCGCCGGCUGUCAUGGACGGUGAGCGGCAUGACACUUAUAUUGGAAGGACAGACAGCAAACGCAGUCAUUGAAAUGUUUAUCAGCGCACCACAAUUAUCACAACUCAUCUGAGGGGGUAAUUUCUCAAGAGUACACUCGGAAAAACUAGAGGAAUCUUCCGGAAAUUGGAGACAGAUCUUUGGAAACAGACAGUCCUUGUGUGGAUCAACCAUCAUCAUCAUCAUGGUGUUGAUGAAGAGUUACUGUGAAGUAGGAGUCUCCAUGCAGACGGUCUGGGUGGAGGGUGGCCUGACCCUCUGCUUCUAUUUCACACUGGUGCCCUCCGUCCUCCUCGCCCUCUCCUUCCUCUUCGGCACCUUUUUGUGCAUCUGUUACAGCCGCAACGGCACGGACAUGGAGCCCAAAUUCAUCCCUCGCUCUCGGCUCUACCGACUCCAGGUGUGCCUGUCGGUGCUGCUCAUCCUGCAGGCCUUGUGCUGGAUGGUGUUUCGGAUUGCCGAGGGUGGUGAGGUCCCGGGAUAUGUGGUGCUCUGUGGGUGUCUCUCCAUGCUGGGCUGGAUUUGGGCCGUAGCUCUGCUGCGUUUGGAGAGGAAGAGGGUUCUGGUUCGGGAUAGAACCAGAGGCCACAGUGCGGUUCUGCUGCUCUAUUGGGCCAUAGCUUUUGCAUCUGAAAAUCUGGCGUUUAUAUCGUGGAUGAGCCCACAGUGGUGGUGGGCUUUGGAGACGUCUAAUCAACAGAUAGAGUUUGCGUUCUGGCUGGUGCGGUACUUCAGCUCAGGUUUGCUCUUCCUGUUAGGCCUAAAGGCUCCAGGGUUGCCACGGCGACCGUACAUGCUUCUUGUCAAUGAGGAUGAGCGAGAUGUGGAGCAUGGCACACAGCCUCUCUUGGGUAAUUCUGCCGAGAAUCAGUCUACAUGGAAGGACUUUUGGAAGAAGGUGCGUCUUUUGGUGCCUUAUAUGUGGCCUAAAGGCAGCUUUCUGCUUCAGCUGCUGGUUGUGCUGUGUCUCGGCCUGCUGGGAGUGGAGCGUGCCAUCAAUGUGUUUGUGCCCAUCUUCUACAAGAACAUAGUGAACGAGCUAACAGACGGAAGCUCUUGGAAGACAUUGGCCACUACAGUUUGUAUUUACGUGCUGCUGAAGUUCCUGCAGGGAGGUGGAGCUGGUGCGUCUGGGUUUGUGAGUAACUUACGUUCGUUCCUUUGGAUUCGGGUGCAGCAGUUCACUAAUCGUGUGGUCCAGGUACGUCUCUUUGCUCACCUACACUCUCUGUCUCUACGCUGGCACCUGGGCCGCCGCACCGGAGACGUCCUCAGGAGCAUCGACAGAGGAACCUCCUCCAUCAAUAGCCUGCUCAGCUACAUUGUGUUCAGCAUCUUCCCCACCAUUGCUGAUAUUGUUAUCGCCAUUGUCUAUUUCAUUUCCAACUUCAACGCCUGGUUUGGCCUCAUAGUUUUCAUUUGCAUGGCCCUCUACCUCACUCUCACGAUCGUUAUCACGGAAUGGAGAACCAAAUACAGGCGAGAUAUGAACACACAAGAUAACAAUGCCAAAUCUAAAGCUGUGGACUCUUUAUUGAACUUUGAGACGGUGAAAUAUUAUAACGCAGAAAGCUAUGAAGUGAGUCGCUUUGAGGAUACCAUCUUAAAAUAUCAGGAAUCAGAGUGGAAGACCAAUGCUUCUCUGGCCCUCUUAAAUCAAACUCAAAAUCUCAUCAUUGGUUUAGGUCUGCUGGCUGGAUCUUUGCUGUGUGCCUACUUUGUGACAGAGGGCAAGUUUCAGGUUGGAGAUUAUGUGCUGUUUGGAACAUAUAUCAUUCAACUCUACACCCCACUCAACUGGUUUGGAACAUACUACAGAAUGAUCCAGAACUCUUUCAUUGACAUGGAAAGUAUGUUCGUGCUCUUCACUGAGGAAGAGGAGGUGAAGGAUGAUGUCAACGCAGGCAGCCUUUACUACAGGCAGGGAAAAGUAGAGUUUGAAAAUGUGUUCUUCAGCUACACGCAAGGCAAGGAGAUUCUAAAAGAUGUCUCUUUUACUGUACUCCCUGGCCAGACUGUAGCACUUGUUGGACAGUCAGGUUCUGGAAAGAGCACCAUCAUACGCCUGCUUUUCCGUUUUUACGAUGUUCAGGGCGGCUGUAUAAAGAUAGAUGGUCAAGACAUUUCAAAAGUGAAGCAGUCCUCUCUGCGUGCUCACAUUGGCGUCGUCCCUCAGGACACUGUCCUGUUUAAUGACAACAUUCGGGACAACAUCCGUUACGGUCGAGUUACUGCCACUGACCAGGAGGUGGAGGAAGCUGCCAUUGCUGCCGACAUCCAUGACAAAAUCAUAGCCUUCCCUGAAGGCUAUGACACUCCGGUGGGUGAGAGGGGUCUUAAGUUGAGUGGAGGAGAGAAGCAGAGAGUCGCCAUCGCUCGCACCAUCCUGAAAGCACCACAGAUCAUUCUACUCGAUGAGGCCACCUCUGCUCUAGACACACAGACAGAGCGAAACAUUCAGGCCUCACUGGCUAAAGUCUGUGCCAACAGAACAUCCAUUGUCGUGGCUCACAGAUUGUCGACCAUCAUUGGAGCUGACAUGAUUCUUGUUCUUAGAGAUGGACAGAUCGUGGAGAGAGGAAGGCACGAUGAGCUGUUGGCAAAGGGAGGGAUGUACUCUGACAUGUGGCUGAAACAACAGCAAGCGCAGGACUCUGAUUCGUCCUCUGACACUGAGACCAAGGACAGGAAAUCAGAGAAACUACAACCCCCAGCAUCCACUGCAGAACACAAGGGCCAUUGAAAAACACUAAACGUGCAAUGAGACAUGCAGACUGUUUUAGUUUUAAGUUAAACCAAUGCUGUUUUUUCAUUUUAGCAUCAUAUUUAUUUAAUAGCAGUUUUGUAUUAUUUUUGUAUCAGGGGCCAGUUCUUAAAAGUGGCAUAUCUUGUUAUAGGUUUAUUUCUAAGAUAUAUUAGUCCUUUGUUUUUAAUUAUUUUGUUUGACAUCCACUUGCGCUCGCCACUUAGUUCCCUUGCAUUAGGAUGGGUCUAAUUUAAAAUAUGGGUCAUUUGACAUUACAUCUAGAAGAUGAAUACAAUAGUGGGUUCAUUGGUAAUAUAUUGUGUUAUUUAUGAGGUUAAAAUACUUUGAAUUUUCCCAUAGAAUUUGUUUGCAUAGUAUGUGUGUGUGCAUUUGUGCAUGUGGCUGUACAAAACAUAAGUGCAUUCAUAAUGUAAAUGAAUUUAUAUGGCCUUUAAUGAGAAAAGACUGACUGGAUGUUAACGUGCAUUGUAUAAAACAAUGCUGUGACUAUUGUUUCUCCCUCCAGUACUAUAAUUUGAAGUACUACAUUGCUACGAGCAAAUUAAGACACUUCAGUAUGUUGAAUGCACAGUGGACUUGUUAUUUUAGCCUGUUAUUUGAGUAAAUCUUCUGAUUUGCCGUUCUUUAUAAGGGAAAGUAUGAAACUGCUGUUUGAAUAGGGUCUAAAGUGGCACACGUUGUAAUUUACCACACCUGACAUGUUUAUGUGCAAGUUUGACUAUCGAUUUAUUUUCAUAUUUUUUUAUUUGUCCUUUAAGCUGUAUGUUUCAAUAUAAUUUUUGUGCUGGAAGUAUCACAGUUUCAUAUGCAGCAACUAUAAUGUGGUACUUGUUGCUUGAUUUUUGUACUGUACAACAAUCAGUUAAUCUUUGGGGACAACGGACUAUAUGGGACUGACACUAAACUCAGGGGACAUGGUCGAAAUUAGCCAUUGGGAAGUGUUUUAGCGUACUAUUUUUUUAAAUACAUGUAGAUUUCUAGACUAAAAAUUCUGUAGUAAAUGAGAUUUUUUGUUUUUUAUUAUUCUGAUGUACAGAAUUUGCCUUAGGUAGGCUACACUAUAACAAUGGAUGGCAAAAGCAGUUUGUUUUUGUUUGUAAAGAUUGUCAUUGUAUUUUAUUGAACAAUAAAGCCAAAGAAGGCUUAUAUUUA